AAGAAGGCAGGGGCUGCCGCCGAGGGGCAAAGGGUUUUUGUGAACCACAGUGGUGGGUUAGACCCGAGUUUCUCCAGCUCCUACCUAUUUUCAGCUGACUGGGAGUGCAAGGAUGAUAGACGCUUUCUGUGCCACCUGGAAGCUGACGGACAGUCAGAAUUUUGAUGAAUACAUGAAGGCUCUGGGAGUGGGCUUUGCCACUAGGCAAGUGGGCAAUGUGACCAAGCCAACAGUGAUAAUCAGUCAGGAAGGCGGCAAAGUGGUGAUCAGGACACAGUGCACAUUCAAGAACACGGAGAUCAGUUUCCAGCUGGGAGAAGAGUUUGAGGAAACCAGCAUCGAUGACAGGAACUGUAAGUCUGUUGUUCGGUUGGAUGGAGAUAAGCUCAUUCACGUACAGAAAUGGGAUGGCAAAGAAACAAAUCUUGUAAGAGAAAUUAAGGACGGCAAAAUGGUUGUGACUCUCACCUUUGGUGAUGUUGUUGCUGUUCGCUGUUAUGAAAAGGCAUAGAAGCGAUGACCAGUCUUUUGACAGUUCGGUUUGCUGGAGUCUCAGAGUUAGCCAGCUACUGCAGCACUGGUCACUGAUUAGAAGGUUGUCUUUGGUGUGAAGGCAGAAAAUUAUAAUUUAAAGUUACUUCAAGCAACUCUUGGGAUUUUGAUAUGCAAAUUUACCCUGUUUUUGAAUUUGUUAUAAUUUUAUAAUAACUUUUUAUAAAGAUAGGACUAUACAUUAUUUCCUUUGGAAUACAGACUAAAUUGGAAUAAAAAUAUACACACUUAUAAAAGUUGGUUGUCAUUUUUAAUGCCAUCAGUCUGUUUUGGAACUAUGUCUACUAGAGAGUUUGGACAAUAAUAGUCUUUUUUAAUAGCAUAAAGUAAGGCUAGAAAAAGGAAUAUCAUGUAUACAUCAGAAAAUACACAUUCAGAAACUAGAUGACUCAGAGAAUGGGGAGAUGCCACAUUUUGGAGACAUCGAUGGAGAACCUGGAAAUAAUUCACUCACCUGGUCAGAAAGCUUUUACAGUGAGUAGUGCUACAAAAAUGAUAUUUCACUUUUACAAAACAGUCUAAAGGAAAAAAAAAAAAACGCUAAAGACUUCAAAAUGUGACAAAAUAUAAUUCAGUGCCAUGCAAUCAUGGUAUCAUUUGUCAAAGUUCUAUAGUAAAGACAACCGGAAAAGGAAGCUGAUUUCAUCCUCCACUCUUAUCGUGAACCUCCAAACUGAACUUCACUAAGUCAAGAAUGUUAAAGUGAAGUGUGUACAGAGAAUCCAUGAAAAUGUUCAAAUUCCACCUUUUCCUGCUGUUGGGUAGAAAAGGUGAUUAGACUAGAUCUGACCAGACCAAACGAAGUGUUUUUUUUCCUAGCUGGUUUGCACCUGUGGCGUACACAGAACUGUGACUACAUUUUAUUACUUGUGAAAUGCUCUUCAGUCAUGUUCUCAACCUAUGAUAUAAAACAAGGCAGAUAGUGCUAUAUUUAGUCCACUGAUGUAGAAAAGCAAGCAUUAAAGUUGCAAGGCUAAGUUCUUGUGGUCAGUAAAAAAUACUGAAAAUGG